CGAUCGGCAGAUCGGGGUUUUACUGUCACUCGGAGCUUAAAAGGGAUCUUUGAAAUUAGAAAAAGACAGGAUGUUGACAGGAAAUCUGGCCUUUUUAAUCAGACCCCGAACAUGCUCUCCUUGAAAUUUUUACCAUCUGGGCCCCCAGUCGGCACGCGGCAUUGGCGGCGGCAGCCACGUUCGGAUGACUGGGGGACUCUGGGAUGACUGGGGGACUCUGGUUUGGGUCGCGUCUGCUUGCUUUAUUUUUGCUGGCUGUUUUGUUUUCCUUUUCAAAGGGUGCCCUUUGGUGGGGGGGUGUGAUCCUCCAACGGGGAGAAGGCCUCUGGCCAGGAAGGGCGUCUCCACCCAUCAGGCAGUUCCCGGGACGCAUCUUCCACCUAUACCAGCCGCCCCCCUCCUGCAUGGAGGUUUCAGCUCUCAAAACAACGGAUUUGCGUUGUGUCUUUUUCUCUGCUUAACGAAUUCAGACCAAAUAGCGGCCAAAAGACUGGGCCCGGGCCACACCGCAGGACAGACUCCGUUCUUGAAAGAGCCCCUGUGUGAACUGAGUGCCAGGAACCCCUCCUGCCGUUAUUAUUGUUGGUGAUGUGCUUUUGACUUGGAAACCUGGCUGCUAGGAGCCGUGGUCUUGAUUGUUCUUUUGCCCCAGCCAGAAGAGGACAGGAACGAAUGGUGUCCCCCUUUGGGGUGACUGGCUCCCCCUCAGUUGUCACUGCUUAGGUUUAGUUCAGUUAAUAGAGAAGGGUGAUUUCUUGGGACCCGGGUUAACCGAUUGAUCUAGGAUGGGAGCCGGGAAGGCAGCGACUUCACCGUCUUGCUUUCUGUAUACUUCUUGCGGGAAAGCCCUUUAUUGUCUCCUCGAAUCCCUGCACCGGAGAAAUCCGCAGUGCGCCUGGGACCUAAGGGAGCUGCCCGCCCCGCCCCUCGUCCCCCUGGCCUGUGCCUUUCUAAGCAGUGGCUCCCGCUCUGCGUCCUCAGGUGGUGGCGCUGGGGGAUGUACCUGACGGGACCGUGGUGACGGUGAUGGCUGGCAACGACGAGAACUACUCGGCUGAACUGCGCAACGCCUCCGCUGUCAUGAAGAACCAGGUGGCCAGAUUCAACGACCUGCGCUUUGUGGGCCGCAGCGGGAGAGGAAAGAGCUUCACGCUGACCAUCACGGUGUUCACCAACCCCACUCAAGUGGCCACCUACCACCGAGCCAUCAAGGUCACUGUGGAUGGACCCCGGGAGCCCCGACGGCACCGGCAGAAGCUGGAAGACCAGACCAAGGCCUUCCCCGACCGCUUUGGGGACCUGCGCAUGCGGGUGACCCCCAGCACGCCUAGCCCCCGCGGCUCGCUCAGCACCACCAGCCACUUCAGCAGCCAGGCCCAGACCCCAGUCCAAGGCACCUCGGACCUGAACACCUUCCCAGACCCCCGCCAGUUCGACCGCUCCUUCCCCGCGCUGCCCACCCUCACCGAGAGCCGCUUCUCCGACCCCAGGAUGCAUUACCCAGGUGCCAUGUCAGCUGCCUUCCCCUACAGCGCCUCUCCCUCGGGCACCGGCCUGGGCAGCCUGGGCGUGGCGGGCAUGCCAGCCGCCAGCCGCUUCCACCACACCUACCUCCCGCCGCCCUACCCCGGGGCCCCGCAGAGCCAGAGCGGCCCCUUCCAGGCCAACCCCGCGCCCUACCACCUCUACUACGGCGCCUCCUCCGGCUCCUACCAGUUCUCCAUGGUGGCCGCGGGCAGUGGCGAGCGCUCGCCCACCCGCAUGCUGGCCUCCUGCCCCAGCAGCGCCGCCUCCGUGGCCGCAGGCCACCUCAUGAACCCCGGCUUGGGCCAGGCGGACGGCGUGGAGGCCGACGGCAGCCACAGCAACUCGCCCACCGCCCUGAGCACGCCGGGCCGCAUGGACGAGGCCGUGUGGCGGCCCUACUGACCGCCCGCCGUGCGGGGGCCUCACGGCUGCCCGGACCCCAGCCCUCCGCCCGGCGACCCUGCGCCCACAGGACUUGGGCCACAGAGGUUCCCGUGGCAGCCCGGCCUCACGGAUGUACUGACGUCCCCAGGACACUGCCCAGCCCAGACCCUCUGCCUCUCCUCCGGCCGCCGCCCAGCUGGGAAGAAGCCAGGGAACCCCUGUGGUCCGUGUACCACCCCAAGCUCCAUGGGCCACGCCCACCCUCUGCAUUGACACCCACUGAGUCAGAACUGGAAGCCCCUCCACCCCCCCACACCCGGUACCGGAUCCUCUCUCUGUGGAGGGGGUGAGGACGCCCCCAGACAGUCCUCUGCCUGCCCCCUAGCUCCUGCCAGCCCACAGCAGACCCACGCAGCCCCUGUCCCGGGCCCUCUACGUGCCUCCCAGACCCCACUGCUCCUCCCGCCCGCCCCACAGGUCUUCCCGGAAGGUCUGACCCACGCCAUUUUUGAGAGAGAACUUGAAGGCCAGACAGGUCCCAGCAGAAAGGGGACAUCCCUGUCCCCUCGCUCUCUGGAGCUGUGGCUCUCACCCGCAGCCUCCUGACCCCUGCGCUCGCCUCCACCCUGUUCUUCACUCCAAAAGCCAACGUGAACCAAAACCAGUUUUUAAAACUGAUUUCAGGAAAAGCAGCUUCACCAGACAUUUUGAAACAAGGCCUCUUACAGAUAAAAGCUCUCUGACUGUGAGCAGCCCACUGCCGGGACCCCCACCUCCCUCCCCCAGACUCACGUUUCUACAUGCAGGGGACCGAGGGAGGCACCUGACCGUCGUGGCUGGGAGAGCAGACCUGGCCCAGGGGCUCAGGCUGGGGGUCCUGUCUCAGUUCUAGUCCUGGAAAGUCCAAGAGAGAUCGCCAGGGCUGGCCAGGCUCCGUGGCUGUGGAAAUCUCCCCUUCAGUGAGGGCCACCAUGCCACCCCCAACUGUGAUCACAGCCACGUUACGCGCCUGGCAGGCUGGGGGGUCCUGGUGAUCCGUGCCCACCUCUCCUGCUGUACUUGCUCUUGUCCUGCCCUCCCUGGGCAAAGCACUGGCCGCCUCUUUAACUUAGUGGCUGGGGUGACCUGCGGGCUCUCUGGCCCCUUCUCAGGAAGCAGUUGCAAGGCCACUGCCCUCUUGCCUGCGCUACUCCCAGUCUGCUGUGACCGGCCAGCCAGGGAGGCAUCUGGGUUCCUGGUACCCAGCACUUUGUAGCCCACCCCAGAAGAAAUGACUACCCCUUCCUGGUACCCAAGCCCUGGUGGGACAGGAAGUAAAAUUCCCCCUCCCCCUCAGGCCUGACAGUAUCAGCAGCCGGGCUGGUAAAAAUGGGUCCUUAUUUGCAAGGCUGCUUUAAAGUCAUGGUAGGCCAGUGCACUGAAUAGGAAGCACCAGAGAGCAAAAAGUUCUGACACAGUGUUGCUGUGAGCAGUUCGGAUCCUCUGUAGCUUUGUCCAGAAGCCGCUUGGAGCCCAGGGGAAGGGAGGGUGGAACUGCUUUGCACUAGCGUCCGCUUUGUGUGUUUCUGAUGCACAACUUGCUUGUACAGUAAAUGUCUUCUGUACUAUUUAACUGUAAAGUGGAAUUUUGACCGAUUUGUUACAAUAAUAUAAACAAUGUGUUGAAGGA